GUGUAGCUGGCUGUUCUAUUUCGCAACCAUUCGAACUCGAGUCUUCCACCGUGGAACGCGGGAGAGCGGUUCGAAAUUCAAACGCAAUUUUGCGCACGGACGUGACGGAUCUUUUUGUUUUUAAAUUUUUGAAAUCGUAAUUCAAAAUGGCUGUUACAAGUACCAGGAACAUCGUAGACAUGAAAGAAAAAGGGCAUUUUGGACAUGAAAAUACAAGGAUUGAUAAAUACACGCUGGGCGACGAGCUGCCGGCCCAGUUGGCGGAGCUGGACUUGCGGCCGCGGAAGAUGACCCAGCCCGCCUUCUCUUUGCGACGAGUCACCAAGGAUGACAAAGAGGAAAUUAUCAGAUUCCUUAGGAGAUUCUUCUUCCAAGACGAGCCGAUGAACUUAGCAGUGAACUUGCUGGAAACCCCCAACUCCCGCUGUGAGGAGCUAGAAGAGUAUUCAGCAUCCACCCUGGAGCAGGGCCUCUCCCUCGCCACAGUUGAUGAGCACGGCCAGAUCGUGGGGGUCAUCCUCAAUGGACUGGCUAGAAGAGAGGACGUAGACUACUCAGACAAGUCAUCGGACUGUCCGAACGAGAAGUUCCGCCGCAUCCUGCAAGUGCUGGGACACCUAGACCGUGAGGCCAAGAUCUGGGAGAAGCUGCCAGAGUCCUGCUCUCGGGUGGUGGAAAUCAGGAUAGCGUCCACGCACUCGGAUUGGCGGGGGCGGGGCCUCAUGAGAGUGCUGUGCGAGGAGACUGAACGGCUGGCUAAGUCCAUCGGCGCAGGCGCGCUGCGCAUGGACACGACGUCAGCUUUCUCUGCCGCCGCCGCUGAGCGACUGAAGUACAAGAAGGCGUACUCUGUCCUGUACGCUGACCUUCCGUACGCGCCGCAGCCAGAGACACCGCAUCUAGAAGCUAGAGUCUAUAUCAAAGAACUGUAUGGUAAUGCGCGCGCCACUCGAAUAUUUUUAGUUGCAACGCGGCGCGCGCGCUUAAAACACGAUACUCUAUAUUCGACGAGAAAACACCUUUUAUCUUCAAAGAUUAUCGAUAAAUUUCUAUAUAAUCUAUUGAUAGAAGCCGAAUUGUGGGUAAAGAUAUUGUUUCCUCAUGUCGUAAGGCGGUGUAGCUACUUGAACUUGGGAAUCGAAUUUAAGACCACGAUGACAGAACAGACGUAUUCGAUUCAACCGGUGUCCGAGAGAGAUGUUGAAGCUAUCAUGGAUUUAUUGCGAAGAACAUUCUACGUGGACGAGCCGUUAAACGAAGCAGUGGACCUGUACACUGGUCCCGGCUCCUGUCCUGACCUGGACGAGUACUGCACUCAUUCCCUGCUUGAAGGGCUGUCAUACAAGGCUCAGGACCGAGACGGAAAUAUAGUCGGGGUUAUCAUUAAUGGAGUCUGUCCUUUGAAAGAAGAAGACAACGGCAACGACCUCUACAGCCAAGCGCAAAGAUGCCAGAACUCAAAGUUCCAGCGGAUCCUACACAUCCUGGCGCAGCGGGAGACAGGGGCCAGGCUUUGGGAGAGGUUCCCUGAAAAGCAGCUGGUGGAAGUGAAGGUGACCGCCACAGACCCUGCCUGGCGAAGAAAGGGCAUCAUGAACAAGCUGCUUCACGAGACUGAAAAGGCCACAGAGCAGCGAGGUUUCAAACUGCUCAGAAUAGACACUUCCAGUGCCUACUCCGCCAUGUCCGCUGAGAGGCUGGGAUUCACUUGCGUGUACCAAAAGCUUUAUUCAGAAAUACUGAUGGACGGACAGCCGCUUAUAGUGCCCAAACCUCCGCAUUUGUACGACAGAGUAUUUAUUAAGGGUAUAUAAACAAACUUCUUGAUUACUUCAGUGAUUUCAUAUUAUCAUUAUACAAAACAUUAGGUACUUAAUGUUUUAUGUAAUAUUGAGUGAUAGUAGGUAUAUAGUAUCAAUCCAUAUGGAAUACCUGUGCCCCAUUGGGGACCUUUAGAUGAUGAGUACCUCUAUAGAAAUAAAACACUGCUCUUAGGAAUGUUUA